GACGAGAGUUUGAGCCAGGACCAGGAGAGCGGGGGUAGAAACCCGGGUUGGGGCAGGAGGCGGCUAGAGCGGUGGCGGCGGCAUCCGGAGUAACACUGAGAUCUUCCGGUGCCGGGAAUUGCGGUUAUGGAUCAUAUUACGGUACCCAAGGUAGAAAACGUGAAAUUGGUGGAUCGUUAUGUGAGUAAGAAACCAGCUAAUGGGAUUCUUUAUCUUACUGCAACCCACCUGAUCUAUGUGGAGGCUUCAGGUGCAGCCCGGAAAGAAACAUGGAUUGCACUCCAUCACAUUGCCACUGUGGAGAAGUUACCCAUUACUAGCCUGGGCUGUCCCCUGACCCUCCGCUGCAAGAAUUUCCGGGUGGCCCACUUUGUUUUAGACUCUGACCUUGUGUGCCAUGAGGUUUAUAUUUCACUGCUCAAGCUUUCUCAGCCAGCAUUACCUGAAGAUCUUUAUGCUUUUUCUUAUAAUCCCAAAUCCUCAAAAGAGAUGAGGGAAAGUGGAUGGAAACUGAUUGACCCAAUAUCAGACUUCGGGCGUAUGGGAAUACCCAACAGAAACUGGACCAUAACAGAUGCCAACAGAAACUAUGAGAUAUGCAGCACCUAUCCUCCUGAAAUAGUGGUUCCUAAAUCUGUUACCUUGGGAACGGUGGUUGGAAGUUCAAAGUUCAGAAGUAAAGAACGUGUCCCUGUGCUCUCCUACCUCUACAAAGAGAACAAUGCUGCCAUUUGCCGCUGUAGCCAGCCUCUCUCUGGAUUUUACACUCGCUGUGUAGAUGAUGAGCUCUUGCUGGAGGCCAUUAGCCAAACAAACCCAGGGAGCCAGUUUAUGUAUGUUGUAGACACAAGACCAAAGUUGAAUGCCAUGGCCAACCGAGCAGCUGGGAAGGGGUAUGAAAAUGAAGACAACUAUGCCAACAUUCGCUUCAGAUUCAUGGGCAUUGAGAACAUCCAUGUAAUGCGGAGCAGUCUGCAGAAACUCUUGGAAGUCUGUGAAUUGAAAACUCCAACAAUGAGUGAAUUUCUUAGCGGCCUGGAGAGCUCAGGGUGGUUAAGACACAUUAAAGCUAUUAUGGAUGCUGGAAUUUUCAUUACAAAGGCAGUGAAGGUAGAAAAGGCCAGUGUCUUAGUCCAUUGUUCUGAUGGGUGGGACCGCACAGCACAAGUCUGCUCGGUGGCUAGCAUCCUCCUAGACCCAUUUUAUAGGACAUUCAAAGGACUCAUGAUCUUGAUAGAGAAGGAAUGGAUAUCCAUGGGCCACAAGUUUUCCCAAAGGUGUGGCCACCUCGAUGGGGACUCUAAAGAAGUGUCCCCUAUCUUCACCCAGUUCCUAGACUGUAUCUGGCAAUUAAUGGAACAGUUUCCCUGUGCCUUUGAGUUUAAUGAAAACUUCCUGCUGGAGAUUCAUGACCAUGUUUUCUCCUGCCAGUUUGGAAACUUCCUUGGUAACUGCCAGAAGGAUCGGGAAGAUCUAAGAGUCUAUGAGAAAACACAUUCUGUGUGGCCUUUCUUGGUUCAGAGGAAACCAGACUUCAGGAACCCUCUCUAUAAAGGCUUCACUAUGUAUGGGGUACUCAAUCCUAGUACUGUGCCCUACAACAUUCAGUUCUGGUGUGGGAUGUAUAACCGCUUUGACAAAGGGCUGCAGCCCAAGCAGAGUAUGCUAGAGAGCCUCCUGGAAAUUAAGAAACAGAGAGCAAUGCUGGAAACAGAUGUGCAUGAACUAGAAAAGAAACUAAAAGCCCAUGAUGAGCCACCAGAAGAGAUCUGUACCUGCUCUCAAUUAGGAAACAUAUUAUCCCAGCAUCUGGGAAGUCCUUUGACCAAUCCUCUUGGCUUUAUGGGUAUUGAUGGAGACCUGAAUACCUUGAUGGAGAAUGGCACCCUAUCCAGGGAAGGAGGCCUCCGAGCUCAGAUGGAUCAAGUAAAAAGCCAGUGUGCAGACCUCCACCAUAACUGCUGUGAGAUUGUGGGCAGCCUUAGGGCCAUAAAUAUCUCUGGGGAUGUGGGCAUCUCUGGAGGGACGGGCAUCUCUGAGGCCAUGGGCAUCUCUGGAGACAUGAGCACCUUUGAGGCUAUGGGCUUCUCCGAAGACUUAGGAAUCUAUGGGGCCAUGGACAUCUCUGAGGCCACUGGCAUCUCUGAAAACUUGGGUAUUUCUGAGGCCAGGGGUUUCUCUGGGGACAUGGGCAUCUUGGGGGACACAGGCAUCUCCAAGGCCAGCACCAAGGAGGCAGACUACUCCAAGCAUCAGUGAGUUAGUUACUCAUCAUCCAUGCUAGGUAUACCUACAGCAGCUACAGUGAUUCUUGUCCCAGAGAGGGCUAUGCUGCUUUUCCAAUUGGUUUAAGUGGGUGAAGCCAGGGCACCCCUCUCCCCACUUAAGUCUGGAAGGGAAUUACUUUACUGAUUAAGUGACCAAUAUGUUCAUAUUAAGCAGUACAGAGUGUAGGCAAGAGAAAGAAUAUGUUAUUGUUCUAAAAUGGGAUUUAACUAUAGAAAUGUUGCCUCUCAGCUGAGGCACAUAUUAAGCUGGUUCUACUGUCUGUUUUCCUUAAUGAUCGACCUCCCCUAUUUUCUAUCCUCACUGCUGUAAUAUGAGAGUGAAGUGGAAAUAUUGUCACAAUGGUCAAUAAUGACCCUUUUGAGGGUAUGGAGAGAUGGUAUACAGCAGGUAACUGUGAAUUGCAGAAUAAAUUAAAAGAAAAUUUUAUUUUCAGGUAUGCUUAGUCAUGGGAUGUUAGCUAACAUUAUUGCCAAUGGAGACAUACAAUAUUUUCCUGAGAAGGAAAUCAAAAUGAUGCUUAAUUGUUAGCAUAAGUGCAUGGGUGCUUGGUGGUUUGAAACAUGUGACGAAAGUUUUCUUAAGUUACAACACUUGCUUUCUCCAACCCACACCCCAGCUAGGUCUUGUUAAAAUACUUAGCCAAUUCCUUUUCUCGUAGAUAGCCCAUAGGUAAACUUGAAUCCACUACAGUCUAAAAUUAUAAAUUUCAAAUUAAUGGGGUUUGAAUUAGUAACAUUAAUUGCAUCAGUUCAGGAAGUAACUGAAAAUCUCAGUGCUUCAGACUCAGACUGAGACAUGGUCUGUGUGCCUAUCUGGGUUUGUGCAAAAUAGGACCCUUUUUAGGUCUUUUUAUGAAAACAAAUGGUUUUGCUUAUCUAGAUAUCACAUGAGGUUUAUGGAUGUUUUAGACACAAUUGGCACUACUUUUAAAUCUGGUAGGUUUAUCACCUUGUGCUAAUGUACAGUUUUGAAAAAAGUCCAUUCUGAUAGCAGAUCCAGAUACUCCUGGGGAAAAGGAUGUAUUUUUAUUUAAACACCAGUUUUUCUCCUAGGGGUUGAUAUACUUGAUGGGUUUUUUAUCUGUCCUAAUUGGAUAUUCAGUCAUGAUUUUGCUACUUCCACAUACUGAGAGUAGGAUAGUCCUCAGUCAGUUUGGGUCAUGCUCUGUAUAUUCUCAGCAAUUCCAGAACUCUUAAUGCCAACAGAAUCCAGGUCCUCACCCAAAAAGUCUGUUCCAAAUACUCUAUAUUUGGCUUAAGCUAAAACAUUAGAUGACUUAAAGAGGCAUCCCUUGAUUAUCACAUCCAGUUGUGCACAUAGAAAUCUCUAAAAGAUUACCUCAUUAGGUGCUUUUCUUUGAAAGAAAGAGGUACCUUUUAAGGGUUUAAUUUAAAUAUGGGAGAGGAGUGCCAGGAUAGCUCCUUGAUUUCUUAUCUCUAGCUAUAACCUGUAGACCCAAAACAUCCUCUUUAGUGGAAGAACUCUAAAUCAUUUUGGUUGUCUUUUUUUAUAUGUAAGCAGGAGUCAUUUUUCUAUUUACUUCCUCUUGGUAAAUUUUUAACUUUUUGUUUUUGAAGAACUCGUAAUUUAUUUGGGUCUUUCCCAUUAAUAAAUAAGGGCCAUAUUUUACUUCCAUAUUCUUGAUAGCGCCCUUGAUCCUAUAAUUUUAAAGCAUCAAGAUGAUUUCCUUUUUUUUAUCUCUCUGGUCCUCCUCUUUCCACGAUUUAGUCCUUGCUUUAUAUAACCUAAAUCAUCAGAUGUUGCCAGUUGUCAUUUGACUUCUUUUGGAAAAAAAAAAUGGGGUUUGUGCACACCAUUUUAAUCUGGAGGCUACAUCUACUCCUGGCUUUGUGAAGGAAGUUGCCAAAAAGGAUGAUGGUACCAAUCUGCCUCCAGUGAGCUAUUCUGGAUCUUGCUCCCAGAUCUUUCUCCCAUAUCUCAAUCUGUAUAUUGCAGUUUAUUAACUAGCAUGAUGUUCUGGAUAGAGUGCGUUUAGUUUUCAGGGAAGUUGAAAGUAAAAAGGUAAAUGGCAAGACGUAGUAGUUUUUGCAAAUUCUAUAAAAAACUAAAGAGUCUUGAUUUAUUCCUAAAGAUCUGUACAGGGACAGUACAUAGUACCUAAUCUUAUUUCUUAGAUCAAAAACAAAAUUAGUCAAUAGUGAAAGGAAGGUCUUUUCAAUAUAAUUCUAAACUAAGAAGGAGUAAACCACAACCCUGGUAUUUCCAAAAGCAAAAACAACAUUUUUAAAAGACUGGAUUAUUUUGUUAAUUAUCUAAGGCCAUGUGAUCAAUCUCAGUCUCAAAAUCUGUGAGGUCAAUUUGUUUGGUCUUUGAUAUUUUUAUUCCCCAACAUGCCACAUUAUUGCUUACAUAUAAAAUAUACAGAACUUAAAAAAUCUGCAUGAAAAUCAACUAUUUAUUCUCAACACCAAACACCUUUUAGUUUUACAGUUGGAUUUAAAAAUCUGAGAGAAGAAAAAGAUGGAAUCCAGGUAUUUACACACUAUUAAAAGCAGAUUAGCUAUCUAUAGGUAGGAGCCCAGCAAUAGUGAGGAGACUCUUGAAGGCAAGUUGCCAGGAGUACUAGAAAAGAUGAUCUAUUAAUGGCUUUCACUUCAUACUCUGAUAUAGCACCUAUGCUGUGAAAGAAAUGUGACUCCCUUCACCCACUGUCAUACCUUUCCAGUUCCCCAAGCAGAAAUUCCAUUCUCAUGUGACUACUGUACUUAAAUAGGAAGGCAUUUAACCACCUGCCACUGUCAUCCACUAAUCUGACCUCUGCCUACUUUCUACACGUUUCACAGGCCUGGGGUUACUGCUUAUCUUUUCUAUGCAUGAGGCAGGCUCUGUUCCUGUGCUUGUGGCCAUGCUCAGAUUCUACCAUGGCCACCGUUUUAAAAAUUCAUUAAUUAUUUACUUAGUUUAUGGAAUGACAGAUUUAUCACAGUAGUAAAUAAAACAAUUUUAAGUAACAAA